AUGGUAUACGAAAAGUGUUGUGUUGGUGGUUGCAAUACAACACGUGAAACGCACCGGCUUUUCAGAUUCCCUAGGAACGAUAAUUUAAGGAACUUGUGGAUGGCUUUCAUAGUGCCGACAAAUCCCCAGCUCAUUGUACUUUCCAAAGAACAGUUACUUAACAAACGUGUCUGUGAAAAACAUUUUGAUGUAUUUCAGUUCGGCAAUGAAGGCAGAAGACUUCGAUACUCUUACCCGUCCUUGCUUACUGACAAUGAAAUAGCUCAUGGUGUGCCUCUGACUGCAACUGGAUGGGAUGUCACAACUGAACAUAAUUACUGUAAAGAGCAAAAUGAAGAUGAUUUCACAGAAGCUGUGUUAGUGGUUAGAAAGCCUGGAAGUGAUGUUACGAUUGAACACAAUUACUACAAAGAGCAAAAUGAUUAUGUUGGAAAUUCUCAUGAACAGCCUUCAUGUUCAAAUUUUUCAACUGUUGCAACAGUUGUUGAAAAUAAAGGAAUUGAUUCUAAUGCUAAUGUGGUGAAACAAAUGAUGCCAAAAGGUAGCACAUGUACAAAAAAGCAAACAGGUCUUGUUUGUGAUCAAGGGUCCACAUUUCGAACAGCAAUAAGAAGACUUAGGGAAGAUACAAUUCGUAGGCGGAAUAUUCAAGGUGUUCAUGAUGAUGGAUCAAAACAGAAAUCUAAUGCUGAUGUGGUGAGACAAAUGUUGACAGAAGAUACAAAAUGUACACAUUGGCAAAAAGGUUACGUGGUGUAG